AUGAGGGGCCAGGCCGCCGCCCCGGGGCCCCUCCGGACCCUCUGCCCAUCGCUGCUGCUGCUGCUGCUGCUGCUGCUGGGGCGCUGGGCGCGGGCGGCCGCGGGGGCGGACGCGGGGCCCGGGGCCGAGCCGUGCGCCACGCUGGUGCAGGGCAAGUUCUUCGGGUACUUCCAGGCGGCCGCCGUGUUCCCGGCCAACGCCUCGCGCUGCUCCUGGACCCUGCGCAACCCGGACCCGCGGCGCUACACGCUCUACAUGAAGGUGGCCAAGGCGCCCGCGCCCUGCGGCGGCCCCGGCCGCGUCCGCACCUACCAGUUCGACUCCUUCUUGGAGUCCACCCGCACCUACCUGGGCGUGGAGAGCUUCGACGAGGUGCUGCAGCUCUGCGACCCCUCGGCGCCCCUGGCCUUCCUGCAGGCCAGCAAGCAGUUCCUGCAGAUGCUGCGCCAGCAGCCGCCCCGCGAGCGGGGCCCCGGGCUGCCGGCCGCGCCCCAGAGCCCCGGCGACGACUUCUCCGUGGAGUACCUGGUCGUGGGCAACCGCAGCCCCAGCCGGGCCGCCUGCCAGAUGCUGUGCCGCUGGCUGGACGCCUGUCUGGCCGGCAGCCGCAGCUCCCACCCCUGCGGCAUCAUGCAGACCCCCUGCGCCUGCCUGGGCGGCGACACCGGCGACCCUGCCUCUGGCUCCCUGACCCCCCGAGGGGACGUCUGCCUGAGGGACGGCGUGGCCGGCGGCCCCGAGAACUGCCUCACCAGCCUGACCCAGGAUCGGGGCGGGGACGGCGUGCCAGGUGAGUGGCCGGGUGGGAGAGGGCUGGCUGUCUGGGCACAGGGCGGUGGGAGAGGGUCCUCUCUGCGGGGGGGCUGCCCCGGCCACCUGCCCCUGGGCAGCGCCCUCCCCCCGGGGAAGCCAAGCGCUGAGGGCAGGCGACCUGAGGUGUUCGCCACCGGCCCCGGAG